GUUUAGUGGGUGUGCAGUGCAUCUGCAACCUAUCAACACUGUGAGCGUCCUAACGAAUGUGUGAUGAUCUGACUACAGCACCUACAGUUCACGUAAUGAUAAUCAAUCUGGAAGCUGACGGGCGAUGGGAUCAACGUGAUACUAAAGCGAAUACAGCGAGAGGAGUUUAAAAAGAUGGACUGUGACUGUGAGAAGAAAUAUGGUGGCUGUUCACUCCAUAGAUCAAAAUCCAGCUUCCAAGAAGAUGACCCUCAAAUGAAUUCAGUUCCCAGCACAUCAACUUUGCAGAACCCUGAGUUCCCUGAUGCGACAGACUUAGAACGUACUAGAAUACGUCUAAAGGAUAGUGAACAGUCUUCAACCGAUGAUCUUUCCGGGAAGGAAAACUCCUGUCUUAUUCCUAGUCUUGGCACAUCAAAUCCACUUGCAUUUGAUUUAGAAGUGCAUAUCAAAAAAAAUCCAAGGGAACUGAAAAGGUCAUUCCAGCACGUCCCUCCAGACAAAGACAUCUGUUCCUCUGAUAGUCUUCCAGUCUGCACACAGCUAUCUGCCGACCACCUUAAAAAUUUGCAUUCCAAAACAACACACCGCCAUCGUGGAUUCAGCCAAUCCUCCGUAUCCACAUCAAAAACACAGCAAAGCCUAAAAGCCCAUGCGGAAGAUCUGUGUGCAUCUUUUCUUUUGGCCUGUUUGUUCUGCAAGUUUUGGGAUUGCGUGCUGGCCGUUGGAGACGGGUGUCAAUACUGCGUGGCGUCUCUCUGUUCAUCCAUCUGCAAUAAAGCAUGUUGUUGCAACCCCUCCGCUUUGGAGACCUUCAUGGAUUUUUGCCCAUGUUGUGGCUGCACUGAAUACAUGGAGGCGUGCGGUUGCAGUUGUGCAGAUACGGCCCUCGACUGCUCCAUCUGUGAUCUCUGUUUGCAGACGACAGAGUGUUUGGAACUAGGCAUGGAACUCUCUCAGCUUCUGUUUCAUUAACCGCUCGUGAAAUAUCACAUUCACUUAUUUAGGGAAUGCUAACAAAUGCUAACGGAUGAUGUCACAUGCAUGAAAGUCUGCUGGUUGACUGUGGCUGUGAUAUUGCACUGCUGCAUUUUAUACUGCAUUUUUACACAACUUAAGCAUACAGGUAUGCUGUCACUUGCAUCAGUAUAUAAUACACAUAUUGAAAGAUAUUUGUCCAGUAAUUUAGUAAACGUAUUUAAUUUCUACUAUUCAAUCUUAAGUCAUUGUUCAUGUCUACUGUGAAAAUGUGACUCUGUCUGUGAUAUUCAGGCUAAAGUCUUAUAAUGAGAUUAGAAGGAUCAAAGUUUGAUUUUAAUCAUUAUUUUCACAUUAUACCACGGGUCUGUUGAAUGCUGUAUUCUGAUUGGCUGAGAAAUGUUCCGUGGGUAUGCAUACAUUUUUGAUAACCACACACCUAACUUGUCAAAUGUCUUAAAAAUAGGCACCAGAGCAAUGUCUGUGGUAACCGUGGUAGGAAUAAUUGACUCCGGUCCAUUGAAUUAUUUGAAAAUAAUGCGCACCUGCGCAUUGCACCUUGGGUGUGCAUUAUUUACUUACAAGUCAAAGGCCCGUCGUCAAUUAUUCCUUACUUAAUUUCAAUUUGACCUUAGUCAAUAUUAAAGAUAUCAAGGUUAUAUUUUCAGAGAAUGUUCUUUACAUUAUGUGGGACAGUGUUGGGGAAAGUUACUUUUAAAAGUACUGCAUUAGAAUUAGUGCUGGGCAUAGAUUAAUAUAGAUUAAUCUCAUACAAAAUAAA